GGGAAUGAAGGAGCGGUACGCCAGUUUGCGGCGUUGCCGAACAUUGGCGCAAAGCCAGUGUGGAUUGCGCCCUCGCUGCUGCAAAGGAGUCUGUUGACGAGAAGCUUCUUGGCAAUCGGAACAGAUUUCGAUACGUCUUUUACUCCUUCCGUGCUGGCCCUGGAAAACACUGCUGAUCUGAAUCUGAAAUUAGGAAGUUGUAGAGAAAGGGCUGACUUGGUGUGCGCCCCUGGGAUAUAUCUUUCACCCGAUGCAAACAUCCUUCUUCGCAACGCAACUGCAUUGCCUAAUGGGAUCGAGAAUCUGAAGCUCGCCACUGCAGUGUUCAAGAUUGCGUUGGACGGACACCAGAAGCAGAUCGUUGGGAUGGGAGAGCUCCUCAGUCUUGCAGAGCGCAGAUCCUAG